GAUUCCUAUCGCAUUAUGGAUAAUACUACCUGUACGACAAUAGUACUAGUACUUCUAUGGCUAUCCAUAUGCUGCCAGGCAGUGGGUUUGUUGGUCACCCUUAUAAGCUACUACAGCAAUCCAGAAUUAUUACAACACUAUUCAUCACUAUACGGUACUUAUGCAGUCAUACCCUCCACUACAACAUUAUCCACUUUACUGCUAGUAGUAUGUCUAUGGCAAUGCAAAAAGGCAGGUUACCUCGUAACCCCAAUGACCUGGUACCAUUGGGUACUAUUGGUACUACUAGUAUUACUACAGAUAGUGGCAGUGUUAACGGAGUAUCUGGGUCUGCAGGGUUGGGGUCACAAAAGCCUUGGUACCAAUUGGAAAUAUCCCAUUUACAGUAUUCUAGUGGUAUUAAUGGUUAUACUGGGUAGUACCCUAUACUGCGGUUGGAAAUGCAACCUAUUCUGUAGACCAUGUUGUAAGAGUCAGUACGUGUGCUAUGGUAGUGCAAUAGUGGUAGUACUAGCAGUACUGAUAGUUCUGGCAGUAAUUGCCUCUAUGGGAGAGCACCGACGCACUGAGAGCUUUGGUGUCGGAUUUGAAUGGCUUAACGAGAUUCUUACUAUUGGCUACUUCGGUUACAUGGUAGUACCUAUUACACAGUGCUAUACCAUGGCAGUGCUAUGGCGAACUACAAUGAAGUUACCAUAUACAGUACCGGAGGUGGUUACCCUGUUGACAUCGGUACUGACCGUGGCCUCUAUCCUGGCAUUGGCAUUAGCCUCUAUCUUGGCAGUGACAGUAUCCGGCAGCACCCAUAAGGACGGAGUACAAGCAAGUACUAAGGCGUACUAUUCAACAUUGCUCAAUACUGCAGGGUACCCCCUCCUAGCAGCUCAUCUACUGUGCUUAGGAAUUACCUGGUACUGUAUGGAGUAUAAGGGGAUAUUCUAUUGGCCUAAAAAUUACUUGUGCUUCGGUGUACUGGCAGCGGUACUAGUGGUAGCAUUGGUACUGGUACUGGUAGUGAUAGUAAUCCCUAACGUAGAGAGAGAAGAAGGCGGCGACGUUGAUGCUGUGAAAUAUACACUAAUAGGCUACUCAAUAUUACUCAUGAUACCAACAUUGUGGUAUGGAUACCGUUGUGGUCUUUUUAAAUGGUGCCUCCCCAAGAAAAAGGGUCUCGAGGCUACUGACAUUGCUGAAAACACGACAGCAGACACUGAUAUCGCAAAGGAAGAGUAGAAGUGAGGACUACCUGUACCACCCUAUUAC